AUGGGUUUUGCCGAAGACAAAGUGUACGACUACAUUUUGAAAAACCUCAAGAAUUUCAAGAACAUCCGUGUGGCAUCGCUGGCCGAUUCCCUGAGCUGCCUGACCGAUGCUGACAGAGAUGAACUUCACUCCCGGGAGGAAACGCGGGGCAGCCAGGCGACCGUCUAUAGGUUUUACCAGCACCUGAAGUGCUGGAAGGGCUGGGUGCCGGAUCUCAUCAACGCGCUGCGCCAGAACAACGCGGGGCACCUGGCUGACGAGCUGCAGCACGUGUAUGACUCCUGCCAAGCCCGGCUCCAGCCCCCAGACUCACUGCAAAAAACCCAGGCUGCGCCCGGUCCCCAGCACGGCGAGCCCCCAGGCAGCUUCGUGGAUGUGUACAGCCCCCUCCUCGUACAGCAGCAGUUCGAUGCGGAGCAGAAGCGGGUUGAGAUGCAGCGAGAGCACGGAGGAGGUGGAGAUGCUGAGAUGGAAACCACCCCAGUUGCUACUCCUGUGUCCAGAGGCACUUCCCUGUCCUGCGACACCUCUGUGAAGCCUCCGGUACAAGAGAGCAAACUGCCCGAGGGGGAGAUGGCCAGCAGCACCCUCUCCAUGCUGACGAAGGAGAAAGGGCUCCCGGCCUCGGCAGACCCUCUCCCGACUGUUGCAGGAAGCUCUGAAGGCACGUCUGGAAGGACGGCCUCCCGGGUGAGCUCUGCCACGAGCAUCUGGGCGUCGUGGAGCAACGUGGAGAGGGAUGUGGAGCUCAGCAAGCCGGGCGACCUCCUCUCCACGCCUGGGGAGAGCCCUGAGCUCGGGGCAGGCAACGACCUCCGACACGGAGCCGGUCCCCUUGGGAAUUCUCCAGAUUUUGACUCGGGCGGGGGCCGUGGCGCUGCGACCAGCUCCCCUCAGGCCAAAGUCCCCCCAGGGGACCGCAGCGGAUCGUCCCUGCCGUACAUCGUUCCAGCGGUGGGCAUCGCUCUGAUUUCAGCUGUGGCGUUUCUGGUGUACGCUCGGCUGCAGAAGUAG